UCUCUUUUUUAUUUUACAGAAGAUAUGGAGCAGAUUUGCAUCUUCUAAUUAUAUAAUAAUGGAGGGGGGAGAGGGUUCUCUCUUGCUCGCCAUCUAUUUAUAGCCGUUUUCCUUAUGUUUUUUUUAAGGAACACUAGCCCAGAACAUUAGGGAUGAGAAGCCUGUCUGGAGAGAUUGUGCUGAACAUUCCAGCAGAGAGAGCUUGGCAGAUAUACAGGGAUGAUGAGAUUAUCAACACUGUCAAUCCUGAAAUGCUCGCCUCUGCCAAGUAUCUCGAGGGAGAUGGUAGUCCCGGGAGUCUCAGGCUCUUCAAGCUCGGACCUGAGGUGAGCGGCUAUGUGAAAGAAUCAAUUCAGAAGAUAGAGGAGGUUGAGAUGGGGCGUCGAACUGUAACUUACAGUGUAAUCGGAGGGGAGCUGAAGGAGAUGUAUGAUCCAUACAGGGUCACAUUCUCUUUCACUCCUAUAGAAGGUGAUGAGAAUGAGAAAUGCAUGGCUAAAUGGAAGGCUGAAUAUGAACCACUUACACUAGCCACUCCUCACCCAGAUAAGGCUAGAGACGCCGCCCUCGCCUUCCUCAAAUGGUUCGACAAUAUCCUAACUUAGAGCUUGUUCCAUGUAGAGUUAUUUGAAAAUAAAUAAAUAAAUCUUGUUUUAUGAUAAAAGGAUUAUUAUUUAGGUUAAAUCACUAAAUAUCCUUUUUUCUGUUGUUCUGUUAUUCCAACCUAAUUAAUACAUGUUGGUUAGAGCAAGCAAGAAGAAUAAAAAAACUGAAGUUGCAUUCCAUUGCAAAUAUCAAAUUUAUACAAUAAUUCCUUUAGCUUAUUCUUCUUAUUAUAUAUAUUAUAUAUAUUGUGUAACACUCGUUCUAUCUAAACUCCUUCCCCAAAAGCAAUUUUAUCAUCCCAGGCC